AUGGCUGAAGGGCUUUUGAUCAUGAACUCUCACCCAAUGUCUUGGACGCCCGAUGACUUGGUCAACACUCAAGAUUCCGCCGGCCCAGCUCAGCACGUCACGCAGGUUGGCGACCAAGGGGCUGCCGAAGUGAGAAGUGCCUUGAAAAAGUUCAGAGAGCUUGGGCUCAGCCCAGAUGCCGUGACGCAGGAGAGCUUCCCCCUUCCGACAAUCCAAGCGCAGCUUACCAGUGCUUGCAUCGAUAUCCAUCAAGGUCGGGGUUUCUCCAUCGUGAGGGGGAUCGACCCACGGGAGUACACUGCCGAAGAUAACAUGAUCAUUUUUCUGGCAAUUUCCAGUUACAUUGGCGAGCAAAGGGGCAUCCAAGACAAGAAGGGCACCAUGCUGAGUAGGCUGCUGUCUUCCUUGGCUUGGCACUGUGACAUGGGAGCCGAUAUCCUCGCGCUGCAUGCCCGCUCGCUGGCCGAGACUGGCGGGAAUACCUUCGUAGCAUCGUCAUGGACCAUUUACAAGGAGCUCGCCGCGUCGUAUCCGGAAGCCUUGGAGACGCUACAUCACCCCAGCUGGCCCAUCCAAGUGUCGGGAAAUCCACCACGAUACAUCGUUGCGCCCCUGCUGCAUGUGUCCGAGGACAAGAUCCUGAUCAGCGUCGACCCAGGCCGGCUGGGACUCCAUCCUGCAACCGCCAAGACGGGCUCCGAAUCCAGUGUCCCGGCUCUGAGCCCUCUACAACUCAAUUCCCUCGAGAUUCUCUCCGCUCUGGCAUCUAAACAUCAGUAUUGUCUGGACCUGAAGCAGGGCGAUAUGGUCUUCAUCAACAACCUGAGCCUUCUCCACGCCCGCGACUCAUAUGUCGACCCUAGCGACGGACCUGGCCGUCAUUUUGUCCGCUUGUGGCUGCGGAAUUCAAAGCUAGCUUGGACGAUCCCACAGCCGAUGCGGGUGCCUUGGGAGGCCGCGUUUGGCCCUGACGGCAACGGCUUUCCGGAGCUUGAGAAACAGUAUCCAGUAAAGCCGACCCCUGUGUACAAGCCACCCAAGUACACGGCUGGCUCGGCGGCCUUUGUUCUUGACGAUGGCGGCGAUGUCAACAAUCAAACGAACAGCGGAUCAACCGCCAUCGCCUUGAUUAAUCAGAAUAUCGUGUGGAUGACAAACGCCGAGUUUCCUCCUAUGAGGUACAGGCCCCCCGCCCCCAAGCGUCAAGGACUCAAGGAGGUCAUCUGA